GCGGAACAUAGACAAUAAUGGAGACGUAAACCGUUGAAACAGCAGCCUAUAAAUUGUACCAAAUUGCUGACCAGGGGGAGAUCUCCACCGUGACGAUUAUUGCCACAGCCCUCCCCCAGAUAUUCCCUCUCUCUCUCCUUCCCCCUCUGUGUUCCGGUACUUUUUCUUUUGAUCGCGUGGCGUCCUCCUUAUUCUCGGUGCCUACCUUGUUACCUCCAGGCCUAUUGAGUCUUAUAUUGCCAGCUCCUUCCCUCCGCCCUCCGCCCUCCGACCUCCCUCCUUUACCUGCGACACUCUCCAUCUGAGAGGCUGCAUGGAGACGGCGCUAUGAGUACCACCGAAUUUCACACCGAACAACAUUCGGACAACUCGCACCCCAGCCCAGCUCCGAGUAACGCGGGCUCGACGGGGACGUCGGGCAUCACCGUGCGCAAUGGGCCGCAAGGCCAACCGCUGAGUUUCAGAAGGCAACGUGCAUCACGCGCGUGCGAGGUACGUUCUGGAUUCUCGAGGGGCGACGCGACUGGGGUGCCGAGGUUCUCUCGCACCUCGGCUCGGUUGCUUAUCGGUGAACUGCAUAUACUCCCCCACGAUAGCUUCGAACUGGACGAGAUGGCUGACUGUGUUUCUUUGGGAAUUAGACUUGUCAUGCUCGAAAGGUGUGUCCGAUGUGAUGCUGCUAGUCUCGGGGUGCCCUGCACCAAUUGUGUCGCCUUCUCGAUCGAAUGCAAGAUUCCCUCGCCGAAACGAAAGAAGAGCCAAGCCAAGAGCAAGGAUGAAUCGCGGUAUGGUGACAGCCCCCCACAUACUGCCUCCUCGCUCGUCGAUGCCGCCGUUGCUCAGUUUCGACCCACCGAGGAGCCGGCGCGCUCUGGGUCUGUGUCUGGAUCUGUCUCAGCACCCCGGGAAGCGGAGCGGAGCUCCGACUCGGAUGAGAAGGAUGCUUUUGGAUACAGGAAAAACCGCAUGGCUGCCGAAGGCAUGCCCGUUACCUCUCUUUCCGAGGCUGAGGCAGCCCAACAAGCGUCGGCCAAUAAUGCCUAUGCUCAAUUUAUGAAGCCCAAGUUUGCCCGUGCUCCGAUUAAAGAUGCUGGCCGGGUGGCGUACCUAGGCGAGUCGUCAAAUCUGUCCCUGCUGGUUCAAGAUCGACAUGGAACCACGGAUGUCGUGCACUACCCGCUCCCACCGAAUAUCAGAGGAUCUCGUGCCCGCUUGACGGACUUGGACAAUUUGGAAAUCGACAUUCUACACCAGCGAGGUGCUUUCUUGCUCCCUCCCAAACCGCUGUGCGAUGAGUUGGUCGAUGCUUACUUCAAGUGGGUGGCGCCCGUGGUGCCCAUUAUCAACAAGAGUCGCUUCAUGCGUCAAUACCGGGACCCUAAGAACCCGCCUUCGUUGCUACUCUUGCAGGCGAUUCUGCUGGCAGGAUCGAGAGUCUGCACCAACCAGCAGCUGAUGGAUGCCAAUGGGUCGACCACCCCCGCUGCCAUGACUUUUUACAAGCGUGCUAAGGCGCUGUAUGAUGCCAACUAUGAGGAUGAUCGUGUCACCAUCGUGCAGGCACUAGUGCUAUUGGGCUGGUACUGGGAAGGACCUGAAGAUGUCACCAAGAACGUCUUCUAUUGGACCCGGGUCGCGAUGGUAGUAGCACAGGGCUCUGGAAUGCACCGCAGUGUGGAAAUGUCACAGCUCAGCAAACCAGACAAGAGACUCUGGAAGAGGAUUUGGUGGACUCUUUUCACCCGUGAUCGUUCUGUGGCUGUCGCAUUGGGACGUCCAAUCGGGAUUAAUACAGACGACUCGGAUGUUGAAAUGGUGACAGAAGACGAUUUCAUUGAAGAUGAGCUUGAUGCUCCCGCCGAUAUUCCUCCAGAUCCCGUCCAUGUUCACUUCUUCCUUCAAUAUGUCAAGCUGUGCGAGAUCAUGGGCUUGGUUUUGUCGCAGCAGUACUCUGUGGCUUCGAAGUCACGGCGCAUGAAUGCAAUGGACCUCACCCACUCAGAUAUGGCCUUGGCCGAUUGGCUGCAGAACUGCCCCAAGGAAGUUUGCUGGCAACGGUCUAAACAUCAUUUCUGGGCUGCACUUUUGCAUUCAAACUACUAUACCACGCUCUGCCUUCUUCACAGGGCUCACAUGCCGCCCGCCUCGUCUGCCCCGAAUAGUUACAGGGUUGAAGAAAUGGCAUACCCAUCACGAACCAUUGCCUUCCAGGCGGCAGGAAUGAUCACUUCUAUUGUCGAGAACCUACACGCUCACGGAGAGAUUCGAUUUGCCCCCGCAUUUAUCGUUUACAGCCUGUUUUCAGCCUUGAUCAUGCACGUAUAUCAAAUGCGCUCGUCGGUCCCUUCAAUUGUGACGACCUGCCAGGAAAGAAUCAAUGCGUGUAUGCUGGCGCUAAAGGAUGUAUCAAAGGUUUGGCUAGUGGCGAAGAUGGUCAACACGCUCUUUGAGUCUAUUCUCGGAAAUAAGAUUCUAGAGGAGCGACUCCAGAAAGCUGCAGGUCGGAAACACCAGCGAAACCGGCACGAAAACGCGGCCCCUUCGAAGAAGCCAGACCCGCCGAAGCGCAAGUUCGACGACAUGGACCUCGGACUGCCGAACGGCGGUCCUACACCUCCUGUCUCGUACGAGCGCUCUCGUCCCCAGACACCUGCCGUCACACCAUCCAGAGAGCUGAAUCAACCCACUUUGGGCCACCAAUCACCCAACACACACCGCGGUCCCCACGAUCCAAUGACAGGCACAGGCAACUCCCGAGCCAACACCCGACCAACAACUCCCUUCAACGGCCAAUUCUCCCUCCCUGCCACACCCCCCGACUUCUUCCUAGUAACGCGCGCCUCGCCCAACCUCUCCCCCUCCCUCUGGGAGAACUUCCAACCUGACCAACUCUUCCCAGACGGCACAGCUUUCUUCCCAGAGCUGACCUCCCCGCCACCACCUGGCUCUGUCGACCCAUCCCUCCAAAUCCCAUCCAACCUCCCCCCGAACAUGUCCCAGCGUCCAGGCCCAAUGAUGAACAACCAGCCCCAACCCGUUCCAGGCGGCCGCAGCAUGUCCGUCUCCCAGGCUAGCCCACAGGUGAUGCAGGGCAUCCCCGGCGCCGUCGGCAUGCAGCCCACAGGCCCACAGCAACAAAUGUUCAGCAUGGAAGGCCAGCAGACAUGGCCCCCGAUGCAUGGCCUUGAUGGAACGAUGAGCGGUGCGGCCAUGGACAAUGCCAGUCAGGAUGAUAACUGGAGUAGCAGUUCGCGCAGUGGACCUACUGCGCCUACGACGCUGAAUGUCGAGGACUGGUUCCAGUUCUUUGGUAUUAACGGUGGCUUUGGAGAUUUGGCUGCGUAAUCAUGUCCCCACGCUCGAGAAUUAUCCAUGACGUUUACUUUUGGUUUCCUUCUUGGGAUGCCGGCUUGGGUUUUGGCUUCAGUAUUGGAUUGGAAUAAUGUACUUCCAAUCCACUUUGCGCACUCUAAUCUAAUUGCUAUGCUAUGGUAUGUUGGUAUAUACUAUCAUCCCUAUCUCUAUCUCUAUCUCUUGCACCUUUCCUUCCUGCUAUCUGCGUCUGAUUUAACAAAACGGAUUACGAGGUGGUUCUGGCUGGGCGUUUUGGAGUGGGAUUGGUUGAUUGGCCGGGUUGUGUUUUGUGUUCUAUGUCUGGGGUUGAUCUGUUCUUUGGAUAUCCUUGGAGGCUGGUUGCUGUUUUCAUUUAUUUUCUCACUUAUUUCUUCCCUUCUUCCUUCUUGUCACUUGUUCUCUUAUCCUUUCAUCUCUUUUGGUUAUGUUUUUUUUCUACAUUUUUGUUUGUUGGUCAUUAGGUAAAACUUCACGGACUGGAAUCCAGAGGGAGUUGGGAGGAGUAGGAGUAUAUACAUUUUCAAUUCCAAUUGCU